AUUUAUAUGAUAUAACAAUUUUUUAUAAUAAAAAGAAUAAUCUUUUAUCUUAUUUUCGUCUUAUAACAUUUUUAUGCAAAUAUUAUUGAACAUUUACUAUAUGAACGUCUUGUAGAUUCGCAAUCUAACUGUAUACAUCUAGUAUGGGCGGGCAAAUUACAACCUGUACGCAUAGUGUUCGAAUCUUUCAGUGCCUUCACAAAUAACACAUCUAGUUUUUAUUUAUGUUAUAAUAAUAUUUUUAUCAACAGUAUUAAAAGAAUAAUUUCAAUUCCUAUUUAAGCAACUGACGAUUGUAGAAUAUGACAAGUUUACAAAACACAGGAAGAUACAGGGUUGAUAGGUCUAAUUUCAAGAAUGAUCAAAAUCAAGAGGGAAAUUCAUCAGGAGAGACUUCAGGAGGAAGGCUAAAUGAAGCCAAUGAGAAUAUUAGAGUAGAUGGACUAUAUGGAUUUCACAGGGUAACUGAUACAAAAGAAAGGACAGGAUUCCUUAUUAAUAUGCAUGCAACAGAAAUCAUAGAGGAAGAUAAAAGAUUAAUUAGUGGAGUAGAUUAUUAUUUUCUCCAAGAAGACUGCGGUAGAUUUAAGAUUUCUUAUCCAUUCUGUCCAUAUUUUUAUAUUUUAUGUAAAAAGGAUACCUAUGCAGAAGUUUCUACUGGUUUAAAUAAAAAAUAUAGUGGAAUUAUACACAAAAUCGAAUCAGUCUACAAAGAAGAUCUUGAUUUGCCUAAUCAUUUAAUUGGUUUAAAACAAAAGUACUUGAAAUUGUCCUUUAUCAACACGGUAGAUUUGACUGUAGUGAGACGUGAUGUAAUGAAAGCUGUGAAAGUUAAUAAAGAGAGAGAAAAGAGCCAUACCUAUUAUAGAGAUAUGUUAUCAAGUGUCCUGAAUAAAAAUUUUGGAACUGGAGAUUUUGCACAGCAGACCAUUGAUUUUGCAGAUAAUAUUCUUGAUAUUAGGGAAUAUGAUGUACCACAUCAUGUAAGAGUAUCUAUAGACAUGAAAAUCUUUUGUGGGAGUUGGUAUUCUGUAAGGACAAGAGGAAAUGAUGUGCCAAUUAUAACUAAGAGAGAAGAUAUAAUUGUGCCACCUGAGCCAAUUGUGCUAGCAUAUGAUAUUGAAACUACAAAGCUUCCUCUGAAGUUUCCAGAUGCUAAUACUGAUCAGAUCAUGAUGAUAUCAUAUAUGAUCGAUGGACAAGGAUACUUGAUAACAAAUAGAGAAAUCAUUUCAAGUGAUAUUGAAGACUUUGAAUAUACCCCAAAACCAGAAUUCGAGGGAUACUUCGUUGUUUUUAACGAGCCUAACGAGAAAGCUACAAUAAAAAGAUUUUUUGAUCACAUAAAUGAAGUUCGGCCCCAUAUAUUCGUGACAUAUAACGGUGAUUUCUUUGAUUGGCCAUUUGUAGAAACUAGAGCAGCUUUUCAUAAUAUGGAAAUGAAAGACAGAAUUGGUUUUUCCAAAAAUCGUGAGGGAAUUUAUUGCAGUAGACCGGCAAUGCAUAUGGACUGCUUAUGUUGGGUAAGACGUGAUUCAUACUUACCUGUAGGCUCUCAAAAUUUGAAAGCUGUUGCAAAAGCGAAACUUAGGUAUGAUCCAGUGGAACUGGAUCCUGAAGAUAUGUGCAGAUUAGCUUCUGAAGAACCACAGACUCUUGCAAAUUAUUCAGUUUCUGACGCAGUUGCAACAUACUAUCUUUAUUAUAAAUAUGUACAUCCUUUCAUAUUUGCAUUGUGCACUAUCAUUCCUAUGGAACCAGAUGAAAUACUCAGGAAGGGAUCUGGAACAUUAUGUGAAUCUCUUUUAAUGGUCGAAGCUUUUCAAGCCACAAUUAUAUUCCCUAACAAACAAGAAGCAGAGCUAAGCAAGUUCACAAAGGAUGGUCAUUUACUGGAUCAAGAAACCUAUGUUGGAGGCCAUGUAGAAGCUCUUGAAUCUGGUGUUUUCAGAGCUGAUAUACCUUGCCGUUUCAAAAUAGUCCCAAGCGCAGUGGAUGAAUUAAUAAACGGCGUUGAAAAUGCUUUAAAACACGCUUUGGAAGAAGAAGAAAAAGUUCCAAUGGAAAUGGUUACAAAUUUUGAUGAGGUAGCUCAAGAAAUUAAGGUGAAACUAGAAUCCUUAAGAAAUCAGCCUCUCAGAUUAGAAAACCCCGUGAUUUACCACUUAGACGUCGGUGCCAUGUAUCCAAACAUUAUUUUAACUAAUCGUCUUCAACCGUCUGCAAUGGUAGAUGAAACCGUUUGUGCAGCAUGUGACUAUAACGUGUCAGGAGCUCGUUGUCAAAGAAACAUGCAGUGGAUGUGGAGAGGCGAAUAUUUGGCUGCGAGCUUAAGCGAAUACCAAAGGAUGCAGCAACAACUCGAAACUGAGAAAUUUCCUCCACAAUUUCCUGGUGGUACUCGGCGAGCCUAUCACGAAUUAUCUAAACAAGAACAAGCUGCAUACGAGAAAAAAAGACUUACGGAAUAUUGUAAAAAGGCUUACAAGAAAGUUAAAGUAACAAGAAUGGAGGAGAGGACACAAACAAUUUGCCAGAAAGAGAAUUCCUUUUAUGUCGAUACCGUUAGGGCAUUCAGGGAUAGAAGAUACGAAUAUAAAGCACUCACUAAAGUUGCCAAACAACAAGUUGCAGCAGCAGUAGCAAAGGGAGAUGCGGGUGAUAUUAAAUCUGCUAAAAGUCGAGAAGUACUAUAUGAUUCGUUGCAACUUGCCCAUAAAUGUAUUUUAAAUUCCUUCUACGGUUACGUCAUGAGAAAAGGGUCUCGAUGGUUUAGUAUGGAAAUGGGAGGUAUAGUAUGUUACACGGGAGCACACAUUAUUAUGAAAGCUAGAGAAAUUAUAGAGAAAGUUGGACGACCCCUGGAAUUGGAUACUGAUGGAAUUUGGUGCGUUCUACCCGCUUCUUUUCCGGACAACGUAAUUGUGCACACCACUCAUCCAAAGAAGUCGAGGCUUACAAUAUCUUAUCCCAAUGCUGUUCUCAAUUUUAUGGUGAAAGACCAAUUUACUAAUGACGCGUAUCAUGAACUUGUCGAUGCCGAAAAUCUUACUUACAAAAUUAGAAGUGAGAAUUCUAUAUUUUUUGAGGUAGAUGGCCCAUACUUAGCUAUGGUAUUACCUGCUGCGAAGGAAGAAGGAAAGAAAUUGAAAAAACGUUAUGCCGUCUUUAACUUCGAUGGUUCUUUGGCUGAACUGAAAGGGUUUGAAGUGAAGAGGAGAGGGGAACUUCAAUUGAUUAAAAUUUUCCAAACUUCCGUCUUCGAAUCUUUUCUGAAAGGGAGCACGCUGGAGGAAUGCUAUGCGUCUGUGGCUAAAGUCGCAGAUUAUUGGUUAGAUAUUCUGUAUAACAAAUGUACAGACAUGUCAGAUACGGAAUUGUUUGAACUGAUAUCCGAAAACAAAUCCAUGUCACGUAAGUUAGAAGAUUACGGAGAACAAAAAUCUACAUCUAUAUCAACCGCUAAAAGAUUGGCUGAAUUCUUGGGUGAUCAAAUGGUGAAAGAUGCUGGGCUUGCAUGUAAAUAUAUUAUUAGUAAUAAACCCCAGGGUGCACCAGUCACUGAACGAGCAAUACCACUGGCAAUUUUUCAAUCAGAACCAACAAUCAGAAGACAUUAUUUACGCAAGUGGCUGAAAGAUCCUACCAUACAGACUGACGAUAUAAGACAAAUUCUGGACUGGGGUUAUUACAUAGAACGGCUUGGAAAUGCUAUCCAGAAGAUCAUUACCAUUCCAGCAGCUAUGCAAGGAGUGUCUAAUCCUGUACCUAGAGUAAAGCAUCCGGACUGGUUGCAUAAAAGAGUAAUGGAGAAGAGCGCGACGCACAGGCAGAAAAAGAUUAGUGAUAUAUUUUCUGUAGUACCAAGAGAACAAGUAAAAGAUGAUGACGAUGAAGAUAAUGAUAAAGAUGAAGAAGCAGGUCCGUCUGAACCUCGGGACAUCGAAGAUCUAGCAGAUGGAGAUCAGCCGUUUAAGCGGCCGAUACCAGUAGUUCAUAAAAGGAAGAGGCAAUUGGAGUCCGAGGAAGAGGAAGACAAAAACAAAAGCUGGAAGGAAGUUUUAGGCUCACCACCGCCAAUGGGAACGACAAAGGAAGAGAAACUUAAAUGGCUGGAGUUCCACAAACAGAAAUGGGCCUAUCAAGCGAAACAAAGGGCCGAACAUCAGAAGAGUAAAAAGAGUAAACGGUCUGCGAACGACAGGGAUGAAGUAAGUUGGGGUGUUGCGAGGAAUGACAAUACAAUCACUUUAGGUGGUUUCCUAAGACGAGCACAAAAGAAAUUGCUUACCUCGAUAUGGCAAAUUAUUCAAAUAUCCCCAACCAAUGACCCGGGUUUAUUCAGAUUGUGGGUAUUGGUUGACCAAGAGCUUCACCAAUUACGUCUUGUAAUACCUCGCAUAUUUUAUGUGAAUACGCGUAUACCAAAACCUGAUCCAGAACCGGGUACAAAGGUAUCCUGGACAAAAAGUUCUAAAGUUCUACCUCGAUCGCGGCCUGUAUGUCAUCUGUACCGGUACUCUGUCCCAGAAGCGCAAUUUCAAAAGCAUAGCCAAGAAUUGCUGAUAGAUUUAAGCAAACCGGAGAUCGAAGGAAUCUACGAGUUACAAACGCCACUAGAGUUCAGAGCUGUUGUUCAAUUAGGAUGCGUUUGUGCAGUAGAUCCCAAGGCUGCUCGAAACAUGGUUGACGGUGCAGAUACUUUUACUUUAGAGCAACUUGAAUUCAAGACUAUUGCUGCACAACCAUAUCUUAAGGAUGUCCAUGCAAUUAAUUAUGUUUUUCUGUAUCACCAUUGGAGUUCCAAUCAUCAAAGAGCGAUUUGGGCACUUUUCCUGAAUGCUAGCAAAAGAGCUCAUAUUUUCGUCUUAGAUUCAGUUUCGUCGAAUCAAAUGCCUAAUUUGAAUGCAUUGUACGGUCAAGAACGAAGUACAGUUGUGUCCAUGCACGGAGAAGACAAAGUAAAAAGUUUACCGGAAUCGAUACAGUUUGUUACACGAUUUGAAACAAAUUUCCAACAAGUUUGUCGGAUUUUGCAAGCAGCCGUAACAGCGUAUAAGAAUGAGGGGCAUGGCGCAACGAUAUUCAUUACUCAAACUGCUCUAGACAAACGAGCAUUAACGACUCAUAUGCCAUUACUCAAUGAUUUCCCAUUAAUUAGCACCCAUGUCCAAGAUAUUGAGAAUUUAUAUAAUACAAUAGAGUGGCAGAAGGUAGGCGCAAAGAUAAUGAUGCGUCAUUAUUUCAAGAGUCAACAAAUCAUUGAACUGAUGUCAGAACAGUGUCGGUAUUUUCAUGCACCUAUUGGAAACAUUCCUGCCGAUCCCACGAUCUUUGGCGCUGAUUUGUUUUAUGCUAGACACUUGCAGAAAAAUAACUUUGUGUUGUGGUGUUCUACGACAGAGAAACCAGAUUUAGGAGGUAGUGAAAACGAUGAUAACAGAUUGUUGACCGACUUCGAGGAAAGUUCCCAUUGCGCUGCGAACAGUCCUGGCACCUAUUCUAGCGUAUGUAUUGAAUUGGAAAUAGAAAGUUUGGCUGUGAAUACCUUGUUACAAUAUCAUCAUAUUCAUGACAUUGAUGGAACAAGUUCUUUCGUUGCGUUUCACAAUCAACAUGUGGCAACUGUUCAAGAACUGGCAACAGGUGAUCCUAUGGCAGGUAUAAUUCCCAGCUAUGACGAGACUGUACUUUGUAGCCCUGCCUUCAGAACACUGAGAAGUAUGGUCAAUGCUUGGCUAUUGGAUGUUUCAGUUUACAAAAACGUAUUUGCAGAUUAUCAAAUUAUUCAUUUCUAUAGAUGGUUGCAUUCACCAAAUGCGCUGCUUUAUGAUCCCGCAUUAAGAAGAACUCUGCAUAGUUAUAUGAAAAAACUAUUUAUACAGUUAUUAGCUGAAUUUAAAACAUUAGGUUCCAUUGUUAUUUUCGCAAAUUUUAAUAAAAUUAUCGUAUGCACUAAGAAGAGAACAGUUAGCGAUGCCUUUGGUUACAUGGAAUUCGUUGUCCAAACAAUACGUAAUAAAGAAAUCUUUCAUAGUAUUGAAAUCACCUUUGAACAAUGUUGGCAAUAUUUAAUAUGGCUUGAUGUUCAUAAUCAUGCUGGCGUGAAAGGGAAGUUAUCAAAAGAUAUAGACAAAAAUAUUGAAUCAAAUACUCUCGAUGACGAGAAUGAGGAUGAAGAUGAUGAUUCACCUGAGAUAAUAAUGAAAUGGAAUUUAAUGGAAUGUCUACCAAAAGAAGCUGCAUGUCAAUCGAGCUUUAGUGCUGCAAUAGCGGGAUACAUAAACGCGAUUUAUCAAUUCAUGGUUGAAAAUGAACAGCUGAAUUGUACAAUAAGACCUAACAGAAGAGUUACUAGUUUCAGUCAAAGUUUAUCGGGGCAAUUAGGAUUGGGAGCAUUUGAAAACACUGCGGAUUUUGCUAAGAAGCUUAUAUCAGGAGAUAUGUCUCAAAAACUUUUCCUAAUUGUACAGAAAGUAUACAAAAAACUUCCUCAGAAAGAAUUAACUAUUGAAGAAUAUCCAAACCUGGAUUUAGAUGGUAAAGACAGUAAAAAAAUUAAUCCAGCACUAGAAUUGAUUAAAGCAGUUUGUAAGGUUUUAUCAUUGGACAAAGAGAUUGAUAAUGAAGUGUAUACUUUGCAAACUAAUAUGUUACGAUUGAUCAAAGUUAGUAGUUUCAGUGAUGCAGUUGAAUGGAAAGAUCCAUGUAUUUCUUUAAUUUUACCAGAAAUUAUUUGUAAAGCAUGUAAUCAUACAAGAGACAUUGAUCUUUGUAAAGAUACUUAUUGUGUUAUGGAGAAUAACAGAUAUCUGUGGAAAUGUCCUCUUUGUAAAAUGAGCUAUGAUAACGAAGAAAUAGAAUUUCUUCUGACAGAUAUAUUAAACCGUAAAAGUAUGGCUUACAUGUUACAAGAUUUGCAAUGUAAUAGGUGUAAAGAAAUUAAAAAAGAAAAUAUGAACGACCGCUGUUCCUGUUCUGGGGAUUUUAAGACUUUAAUUUCUAGAACAGAAAUGGAAAAGUUUGCUAAGAUAUGUAAAUCUAUAGCUAGAAAGUGUAACAUGGAAACAUUAAUGGAAAUAAUUGAGAACACAAAACUUUUUAUACCUGCUAAAUAGGUUUGAAAUUAUAUAUUUUUGUAUUAUAAAUGAAUUGUAAAUUAUAUCUACUUAUCUCCUAUUCAAGUAUGUUCAACAUGAAUAUGUAUUUGAGAAAAAUGGAAUUUAAUAUACUUACAUUUACAACUUCACAUGUAUAUGUAUUUUUACAAUUGAAUAUUAAUAUUAAAUGUUACAAUUACAACUGUUCUAAAUGUAUACUUUUACAUAAUUUAUAUUCACAGACUUACUUUUGUAUA